UGUUUUGUCUCCGAUGUGGUCAUGUUAUUCGUGACCCUGCUAGUGGGGGAGGUUACAAACGCUAGCACAUGUCGACAUGUUAGUGAUAGAGCCGGUUCGUUCAACCCAGCUAGUGGGGGUUAUACACCAGCAAAUCGUGGCCCUGCUAGUGGGGAUUAUACACUGGCCGUGACCUUUAGAGGAGACGUCUAUUUCGUGCCCGUACUGUAUCUGUUUUUGUGAUUGUACUUGUUGGCAUGCUUUAAGUUUGAUAAGGGGCACUCCAUAUUUACUUACUGAGUUUAUCUCAUAGUUUCCUUGUCCACCAUUUCAGGAAAUGAAACCGAGGACGGGGAAACCACGGGAAGUGACGAGUUAGAAAGCUAGCCAUUUCGAGAUUGAUAUAGAUUUUCGAAAUAAAUCAUGAUCUUGUAAGCUAGAGUGUAUUUGGAGAUCUAUGAUAUCGGAGCAAAUUUUAAAGAUUUGAUUUUCAGAUUUUGAUGGUAUCAGAGUACAAUAUGAUUAAGUUCCGAGCCUUGUGCAUUUGUGAGACCCAUCUCACGAGUGCACAGCGUCUGCCACGUCC